AUGACGGCUCCAGCGCUCAAAAAUCCCACUGGAGUCAUUGGAGAAGGGAAGAGACUGGCCAGGAAAAGGAAACCAGAGGUUUAUCAAAGCAAUGAGGAGGCUGAGGAACUUCAUCAACAACUGCCAGACAGAUUUAAAAAUGAAGAGUUGAACAACGACGCCAGGAAUCAAGGUGGACCUAAGAGGAAAAAAGGCUGCAGUGUGGUUCAGAAGUGUGAUGGACGAAAGCGGAAUCUACAUUUUCCAAAGCACAGGAUAAUGAAGACAAAGUGUGAAAAAAAAUUCAGUACAAGCGACAGUCUUCAAAAGCAUCAGAGAACCCACACAGGGGAGAAACCCUUUGAAUGCUUAGAGUGUGGAAAGAGAUUCAGUGGGAGUAGCAGUCUUCAGUAUCAUCAGAGAACCCACACAGGGGAGAAACCUUUUGAAUGCUCCGAGUGUGGAAAGAGAUUCAAUGCGAGCAGCAAUCUUCAGCAGCAUCUAAGAACCCACACAGGGGAGAAACCUUUUGUAUGUUCGGAGUGUGAAAAAAAAUUCAGUACAAGCAACAGUCUUCAACUGCAUCAGAGAACCCACACCGGGGAGAAACCUUUUGAAUGUUCCAAGUGUGGAAAGAGAUUCAAUGCGAGCAGCAAUCUUCAGCAGCAUCUAAGAAACCACACAAGGGAGAAACCUUUUGAGUGUUCGAAGUGUGAAAAAAAAUUCCGUACAAGCAACAGUCUUCAAAAGCAUCAGAGAACCCACACCGGGGAGAAACCUUUUGAGUGCUCCGAGUGUGGGAAGAGAUUCAAUGUGAGCAGUUAUCUUCAGCAGCAUCUAAGAACCCACACAGGGGAGAAACCUUUUGAGUGUUCGAAGUGUGAAAAAAAAUUCCAUAGAAAAGACAGUCUUCAAAAGCAUCAGAGAACCCAUACAGGGGAGAAACCUUUUGAGUGCUCCGAGUGUGGAAAGAAGUUUAGCCAGAGUGGCCAUCUUCAAUAUCAUCAGAGAACCCACACAGGGGAGAAACCUUUUGAGUGUUCAGAGUGUGGAAAGAGAUUCAGUACAAGUGGCAACCUUCAAUGUCACCAGAGAACCCAUACAGGGGAGAAACCUUUUGAGUGCUCCGAAUGUGGAAAGAGGUUUAGACAGAGUGGCUAUCUUCAACAUCAUCAGAGAAUCCACACAGGGGAGAAACAAUUUGAAUGCUCAGAGUGUGGAAAGAGAUUCAGUCAGAGUGGCAGUCUUCAAUGUCACCAGAGAACCCACACAGGGGAGAAACCUUUUGAGUGUUCAGAGUGUGGAAAGAGAUUCAGUACAAGUGGCAACCUUCAAUAUCACCAGAGAACCCAUACAGGGGAGAAACCUUUUGAGUGUUCUGAGUGUGGAAAGAGGUUUAGUCAAAGACGCACUCUUCAGAAUCAUCAGAGAAACCACAGGGGAGAAACCUUUUGA